UAUAUCCGGGUUCGCCGGAAUUCCCAAUGACCUACUUUCCCUUUAAGAUCAAUAUUCCGUUCUUCCCCCCUCAUUUACUUGGCGGCUAUUAUGGAAAUAAGGUUCAGGUAUUAUCGAGUCUGUGCCUUUUUAUCUUUAUUUUCCAGUGGAUGUUUCAGCAACCCCUUGUACCCUUACGGAACUGGGGCCGGAGACUACAUCGCACCCAAAAAUGACGACGGCAGCACAGAACGUUUGAAUAUUGGUGUGGAUUUCCCCUAUUUCGACGAGUACUACUCCUCGCUCUAUGUAAACACCAAUGGCUUGCUGUCGUUCAGGGAAAUGGUUGGUCAGUACAAACCGGAAGCCUUCCCCCUAGGGAACAUGCGGCGGCUGGUCGCUCCGUUUUGGGGGGACGUGGACACCACCAAACAGGGAGAUAUAUACUACCGGUCCAGCACCGACCAGACGGUACUAGAUAAAGCCACUGAAGAUGUCCGGAGGGCCUUCGUUGACCAGUCCAGAUUUAGAGCCUCUUGGGUGUUCGUUGCCACGUGGGUGGAGGUGACACAUUACAAUGCAGGCAGUUUCUUUUCUUGCUUAACCCCUGGGCCAUCUUGUCCUAGAAACACUUUUCAAGCCGUACUAGCAACAAAUGGAAGGCAUUCUUUUGCGAUUUUUAACUAUGGUGACAUAACAUGGACUUUAGGCACAGCAAGUGAAAGCAUACAUGCACAGGCCGGUUUCAACGCCGGAGACGGUGUCCGCUACUACAACAUACCAGGUUCCUUAACGUCUAAUGUCGUAAACAUAGAAACUACGUCCAACGUCAACAUCCCAGGACGCUGGGUGUUCAGAAUCGACGCUGCUGCCGUCAUCAGUGGUGGAUGCAACACCAAGGGUACGCUUAUCCUGUCAUCAUUCAGGGGGAGCAUGUUGGGGGGCACAGAGAUCAAGAUUUCUGGACCGUGCUACACAGACACAGACCAGGUAGUGUGUAUGUUUAACAACACACGGAUACCAGGUGCUCUCAUCCCAGACCGCAUGCAAGCAAAGUGCUUUACUCCACCGAUGUUUAGUAAGGAAAGGGUCCCCUUGCAAGUAUCUGUUGAUGGUGGGACAACGUUUCCGUACGUCGCCUACUACCAACCUGAAUAUUCGGAAAACGAACAAUUAUACCAAAUCGAAAGAGUAGAUCCAAAGGCUUGGAGAACAGGUGGUCCUUAUGUUAUAAAGUGGCUCCCAAACUCCAUCGCUGCUUCCAGUGUUGACAUAGAUCUCUUGGCUAUUUACAAAGAGUAUAAUGAGCCCCGGACAGUGAUCGCACACCACUGGGAACAGGUGGCCAGGAACCAAGCCAAUAACGGAACUGCAGACGUACAGCAACUCAUACGCAGCUGUACUGCGCAGGUGUACGUCGGCGCCAUCAGAAUCUCGCCAGCAGGGAGCGCUGCUGGCGAUGUUCAAAAAAAACCGGUGAUAUGGUCUUCUCUUCACUCUCUUCAGUGGUAUGUCCACGCGUACCUGGCAACCAGACUGGUGGACUCCAGUCUUCAAUUAACAUGGUCUUCUACCUACAUGCCGGACUUACUGGAGGGUUUGCGAUACGGAGCACCUCUCAAUCAAAAAAGUUCGUGGGCUGACGCUUUGUCCUACGUAAACGAGUUCGAAAACAGGGUCAAUAUCGGGAAGGUUCUAUGUACUGAUUGGUUAGAAGUGGAUUAUGAUGUCAACAACACGGUCGCGUUAGCGGUGCUUCCUUCAUGUCCAUGCACGUUACAACAGGCGCAAAGGGAUCUUGGUCGGUACCAAACUGACCAGGAGUGCUUCCGUGGAUCAAAUCGACCGGACAAUUGUGAACUUAAUCCUGGAGCGGUGCAUUGCGUCCGUUCUACCAUGUGUGGGGUGUCUGGAAUCGGCCUCCAAUGCUGUUAUAAUCAAAAAGGCGAUCUCCUUGAUGUCAGGGACUUUAAAUUUAUCAACGGCGUUGGUCAUGCUGUAGGUGGUGGGACGCUUGACCGGUCACAUCCCACGUGCAGAAACCCUAACCUUAUCCCGCAACUAAGCCAUCUCCUUGACGACAUACUUCCCCAGCACAUUUGCUGCAUGUGGACGUCCAAGAGAGAAUGGUCAAAGGACGCCGGCUAUUGCCUAGACACGUACCUAAUUGGUAGACGAUCUAGUGACUGUAAAGGAUAUGUUCCCCCUAGGCCAGCCUCUGGGUUUGGUGACCCCCACAUCGUGACGCUAGAUGGCGUUCGUUACAUGUUCAAUGGUAUAGGUGAAUACGUCAUACUGCAACUGGAGAACCACAACUUUACGCUACAAGGGAGGACACAACAAGUAACUGGUGAAUCAGGUGCUCUGAUGAAGGCAACCGCGUGGACGGCAUUUGCCAUGAGGUCUGUGCUGUCUAACGUCACUGUUCAGCUGACCGCUGGCCGGCAAGGCAUGAUACACGCCAUGGUGAACAGCGAGCGACUGGACUUCAUGGACAGCGAUAGUCACAGCCAGGAAGGAAUCACAUUACAACUGGUACCAGAUCAAAACAACUCAUCGCGAUCUGGAGUCAACGUCGCCUUUCAAGAGGAGAACAUCUUUCUCGAAGUGAAAUCCAUGGAAGAUAUUUUACAUUUUAUGCUGUAUCUUCCUGAAGACUCAAAAGGUAUGACGCGAGGACUUCUUGGAAGAUGGAAUGACGACCCUGAUGAUGACUUUAGUGCUGUUAACGGCCAGGUUCUGCCUGCCAAUGCUUCCGUGAGGGAGAUACAUUACGGUUUUGGGGAGACCUGGAGAGUGACCGAGGCGACAUCUUUAUUUUCAUAUGACAUGGGAAGAUCGUUCGAUUAUUUCCAAAAUGCAUCCUUUGUGCCAAUAUUUGAUGCCGCAGUGGGGGCAUCGAACGAAACUAGGCAGAAGGCAUUAGAAAUGUGCGGAGAUGACAACGACGAGUGCUUGUUUGAUUUUAUUAUAACGGGGCGGGAGGAGAUUGCUAUGACGUCAAAAAGUAUGAUGGUUGAAUACAAACAGGCGAUGAACGACACGAAAAUGGUUGUCACAUGUGGUUACUUGGAGACACCCAGUAAUUGCAGUAAGUUUGCCGACAAUUACUUAGAGGGCAGCCUCGUGCGGUUCGAGUGUGAUAGCGGGUUCGUCUUGACUGGGUCAAAGGUCAGGCAGUGCCUCAAUGAUGGAACAUGGGAUGGUGAGGAAACUAUCUGUAAAAAAGAGCAAUUGGGAUAUUUAUGGAUUAUAGGCUGUGUUGUUGCCGCCCUUGUUCUCCUAUUAGUUGGGGCUAUCGUGAUUUUUAUCUGUAUCAGAAAGCGUCGGGUGAGAAAGAACUCGGAAUAUGAAACCGCUGCCGUAGUGUAUGAGGUAGCAAAAGACACCAAAAAGGACCAAAACACUUACGAAGAACCAGAGAACCCAACGGCCUAUGACGUACCAGGAAACCCGUACGAAGUGCCUGCCGGGCGUGCAGACAAAAUAGAAAAUAUAUACAGUAAUGAGCCUGCUGGUGAAAAUGUAUAUGAAAAUACAAAGCGGAAAUAAGUUUUGUCACCACGGGAACUGAAGGAAUCGCAGGAUGAGGUUCACAGACAGCAGGUUUAUGAGGCGAUUUUAUGAUACCGGGCGGCGUGGCCUAUGAAUUAAUACACUUCCACAGUAACUUUGAAUUAUAUAAGAACCAACUUACGCAAAUUCUGACCAUGUUUGAAAAAUGGCUCAACAGCUGCUUUUAUUUAGCUGUAGUUUAUCUACACCAACCAAUUAUAAAAUUGCAUUGUAGCCAUGCAUCUUAUUAUAUUUUUAAUGAUACAUUGUGCUUUUUUGUAAUGUGUUUUAAGACGUGCUAUUUUAGCUGUGAUGUUUUUUUUUUUUUCAUUUUUAUACAUUUGAUGAGACAGUAUAAUACAUACAUGUCCGUGUAGGCAUUGGUUCUUUGUGCCAUUUGCAUUUGCGCAGUAGGCCUAUUCUUUGUAUCUGUGGCUCUGAAAGAAGUUUGUUUGCUUCGGAGUUGAAAUGGUUGUGUUCGAAAAAUUAAUUGUGCGUGUACCAGGUAAAAGAAGAGGCGCACAUAAGUUGCCUAGUCAUGAUAAAGAAUCGACCGAGCUAGUGUUUAGAGCUUACAAGUUUGACUUAGAACGUGUUGCUUUAAAGCUCAUAUGUUAAUUAUGGGGACCAAAAGAUCGUUGGCUGUCAGUGAUUUUUGAACAGUAAUUUUUGAUCUGUAUUUGGAGUAAGCUUCUCUUUGCUCUCAUUUGUUUUUGAAUUAUUGUUAUCAAUCAGAAUUAGACACGCAAUCAAUUCCAGGUUUCUUAAUUUAUGUAACAAGUGAAAUCACCUCGUGUACCUGUGUACCACACGUAGUCAUCAGCACAUUGUUAAAAUGAGUCUACGAGUUUAAAGCUGUAUCUUUAUUCAAAUAUUAUCAAAGUGAACCUUUUUACUUAAACACCAACAUGUGCUUUAUUUUGUUUUAUUUUCUUUUAUAUAAAAGAAGAGUAGCCUAAAAUCCGAGGCUUGUCAAGACUUUAAGUACGUUAUGUUUAAUCAUGGAAGUUUUCCAGUUAUUCUUUCAUGAUUAAUAUACUGAAGAUGGACUGAAAGAGAAUGGAACUUAAAAAUUCAGCUUUACAACCGGAGAUCAGAAGUCAGUAAUAACUACAAUAAGAUAGGCCUAUUAUCAAAAUG